AUGCCUCGCUGCUGCCGCCACAACAAAGACCGAGGAGGGGUGGAGAAGGAAGGAGGAGAGCCUCACACGCAUCUUCAUUACAAAGCGUCAUCAAACUGUAACAUCAGUUGCAAGGGGAUGACCGAGCGCAUUCAUAACAUCAAUCUUCACAACUUCAGCAAUUCUGUACUUGAGACCCUCAAUGAGCAGCGCAACCGUGGGCACUUCUGUGACGUGACUGUUCGGAUCCAUGGAAGUAUGCUGCGAGCUCACCGGUGUGUGCUGGCUGCUGGAAGCCCAUUCUUUCAGGACAAGCUGCUCUUGGGCUACAGCGACAUUGAGAUCCCCUCAGUGGUCUCGGUUCAGUCCAUCCAGAAGCUGAUUGACUUUAUGUACAGUGGGAUUCUGCGGGUAUCUCAGUCAGAGGCUCUGCAGAUCCUUACUGCUGCCAGCAUCCUUCAAAUUAAGACCGUCAUUGAUGAGUGUACCCGCAUCGUUUCCCAGAAUGUGGGCCUGGCUGGGCCCGGGGGGUUUCCUGUCAUACCAGGAGACUCUGGACAGGAAACGCCCCGUGGAACACCAGAGUCAGGGACCUCUGGGCCCAGCAGUGACGCAGAGUCAGGUUAUAUGCAAUCGACAUCACAGCCAAGUGACCGUGCUUACACGUCACUGUAUUCCUACUCUGGCCUGUCUCUGCAGAACGGCACCCGCGAGCGCCCCAUUUACAUCCACAACCCUCAGUCUGCCAACUACGAUCCAAAUAACCGGAAGGACCAGCAGUCUCAGGAUCCACCCUGGAUGAACCCUAUCCAGGAAAGAUCUCAGCAGGUCGACCGCUUCAUUUCCACAGCAGAGUCUACCCACUGCCGCAAGCAGCCCCGACCGGUACGCAUUCACCCCGAAGGGAUGCACAUAAAGCAGGAGGCCGAAGACGAGUACGGCUGCUACAACGAAAUGGGGGACUGCCAAGACGACAUUGACCACGGCGAGGGCGUGGAGAGUGAAUCCAAGGUUGAAAGUUUUGACUCAGGGGUGAGCUCCUCCAUCAGUACAGAGCCAGACAUCAUGGAGCAUCAGCCGUACCUGACAGGCUAUAGCCGGGAAGGGGGCGGGGAGCUGCAGCAGGGCGAAGGAGCCACGGUGCAGAUAGAAGUCAACGACUCGUCCCCGGAGCACGUGCAUAAGACAGAGGACGGGGACAUAUCCCACAGCACUAGUGACAGUAGCAUGAUGCAGUCCCUGCCAAACUCGAUUAAACUCAGUCCCAUGUCUCAGUACAUGCGCCAUGUAGAAACACACACCAGCAAUCUGAGGAUGCCGCUCACCGUGACCAGCAAUUCCCAAGCGAUGGGCCCCGCUGGAAGUACCUUCCUGCCCACUCUCUUUCCUACCCAGCCGGCUAGAGACAACAAGUCUUUCCUUUACCUUCAUGGCCAGCAGCAGCCCCAAUUUGUUGCAGUGCCGCCCCCUACAAUGUCAUCAUUCCCGAGCCCCAUGUCGGUACCGCAAGCGCCAUCUCAGCAGCAACAGGCUGCAGGAGGGAUGGGUCAGGGGGAAAAGAAGCCCUAUGAAUGCACUCUCUGCAGUAAAACCUUUACUGCAAAACAAAACUACGUCAAACACAUGUUUGUCCAUACGGGUGAGAAGCCUCAUCAAUGCAGCAUCUGCUGGCGCUCAUUCUCCCUCAAGGAUUACUUAAUUAAACAUAUGGUGACACACACAGGGGUGCGAGCCUACCAGUGCAGCAUCUGCAACAAGCGCUUCACCCAGAAGAGCUCUCUGAACGUCCACAUGCGGCUGCACCGUGGAGAGAAGUCCUAUGAGUGCUACAUCUGCAAGAAGAAGUUCUCACACAAGACCCUUCUGGAGCGGCACAUGGCCCUGCACAGCACGGCGAGCGCCAUCACGGGGCUGACGGGGAGCGCAGUGGCCCCGGGCCCGGUCUCCAUUCCCAUGCCUAUGGCCGUCCCCGAGCCCGGAGCUGGAGUGGUGGCCCUCGCCAUGCCCGUCAGCGGCGGUGCUGGAGUAGGGGCCGGGGUGGGAACAGGAGUGGGUGUAGCCGCCGAAGCGAGCUGCCAAGAAGGGACCACCUACGUAUGCUCCGUCUGCCCUGCCAAGUUCGACCAAAUGGAGCACUUCAAUGACCACAUGCGAAUGCAUGUCUCCGAUGGAUAAGUACAAAUAAAAAAAAAACUUCGCUGAAAAAGAAUGACAUACAAAAUGGCACUAGAUUUUUCCUUUUCUUAUUUUGAGGUAUGAAGAGUAAUGAGUAGAGACACUGGCACAUUAAGUUUCCCAAAAAAAAAAAGGUUUCUUUCUUUCUUUUUUUUUCUGUUAUUCUAAAAGAAAAAAAAGAUGGUGGCCUUAAGGCUUAGUAGUUUGAUAUUGAUCUACUGGAUGGAUCCUAACUACAGGCCUCUAAAUGUAUGCUUUCCUAAAAUACUGAUUUAUGUGUUGAACACUACCGAAAGGCCUACGAAAGAAACACGUACACACAAACACACCUUUAGUGUAGAUAAGUCUGAAUGACUAUAAAUGAGCAAAUAUGUUUGAGGAUUUGUGUAUUUGCAUAUGUCUAUCUGUUGUCCUUAUGCGUGUGUGUAUGUGUGUGUGUGUGUGUGUGUGUGUGUGUGUGUGUGUGUGU